AAUAAUGUUUCAACUCUCUCUUUAAAUUCUAUCACAGGUUAUGUUUGGUGCAUUAGACACACUGUUUUCUACCACUGGAAUCAAACCAAAAGACAUAGGAAUUCUAGUGGUCAACUGCAGUUUAUUCAAUCCAACUCCAUCAUUAUCCUCCAUGAUAGUUAACAAGUACAAACUGAGGGGCAAUAUUAAAAGCUUCAAUCUAGGAGGAAUGGGCUGCAGUGCGGGUGUAAUCACGAUCGAUCUAGCAAAAGAUAUGCUACAAGUUCAACGAAACACAUACGCUGUUGUGGUCAGCACCGAAAACAUCACUCAGAACUGGUAUUUCGGGAACAAGAAGUCAAUGUUGAUCCCCAAUUGCCUGUUCAGAGUUGGUGGAUCCACGGUUCUGUUAUCGAACAAAUCUGUUGAUAGAUCACGAGCCAAGUACCAGCUCGUUCAUGUGGUCCGAACGCAUAGAGGAUCGGAUGAUAAGGCAUUUCGUUGUGUGUAUCAAGAACAAGACGAUAAUGGGAAGACAGGGGUUUCGUUAUCGAAAGAUUUGAUGGCGAUCGCUGGUGGAGCGUUGAAAACGAACAUUACGACGUUGGGCCCGCUUGUUCUUCCUAUCAGCGAACAGUUGUUGUUCUUUUGUACCUUGAUCGCGAAGAAAUUGUUCAAGAAGAGUAUUAAACCGUAUAUUCCGGAUUUUAAACUUGCAUUUGAUCAUUUUUGUAUACACGCGGGUGGUAGAGCUGUGAUCGACGAGCUGGAGAAGAAUCUCCAGCUAUCGCCGACGCAUGUUGAGGCGUCACGAAUGACGCUUCAUAGAUUUGGGAACACGUCUUCGAGUUCGAUUUGGUAUGAGUUGGCUUACAUUGAAGGGAAAGAAAGGGUUAGAAAGGGUCAUAGAGUUUGGCAGAUUGCAUUUGGGAGUGGAUUUAAGUGUAAUAGUGCUGUUUGGAAGGCGUUACGGACCGUAAAACCAGUUGCCCAUAGUCCUUGGUUGGAUUGUAUCGAUAAGUAUCCUGUCGAAUUGGUUAUGUAAGGUUUAUGGUUUAGGGUUUAAUCGAGUUAUUGUUUCGCAAUCGUCGGUUGUAGUAUGUGAUUUGAUUAUCGAAGUUGAAUAUGGUUUUCAAUCUUGUGUUUGUUUACGAUUACCAAAUUCUUGUAUGUAAACGGGUCGGAAAUCUCUCGUGCUACAUUGGACAAAAGAUCAAAUACAAAGUAUCUUAUCGUACAAAACGUACGAAUGAAGUGGAAAAGUAAAAAAGACGC